ACAGAACUUUCGGCGAGAACGCUAGGAAAUGUGCCAGCCCUUGCAGUUUCAAGGCAAACAAGCAGUCGGAAAACUAGAAUCGUCGUCAUCAGUCAAGGCGGUCCAUGACGACGGUUCCCAGAAACACCGCCUCAUAAUCGCGGAUCAAGGAUCCGGUCUGAGGUUUCUCGUGGAUUCAGGUGCUGACGUCUCCGUCAUUCCUCGCAAUGCUGCAGAUAGGAAACGCACCGAAACUGAGACGCCACGACUUUUCGCGGCCAACGGAUCCGCAAUUGACACGUACGGAACCAAGCGUCUAACCCUGAGUUUGGGUUUGCGAAGGAAGUUCCCAUGGGACUUCAUCGUCGCUAACGUCACUAGACCCAUUCUUGGCGCCGACUUCAUGCAUCACUACGCGCUCUUAAUUGAUUUGAAAGAAACCCAGGGUCCGCCGCGGGCUGAGCGGGCUCGACGUCUCACUGGUGAGAAGCUUAAAGCUGCCAAAAGCGACUUCGAGCAUAUGCUGACGCAAGGGAUAUGCCGGCCCUCAAAAAGUCAAUGGGCCAGCCCUCUCCAUCUCGUCCUUAAAAAGUCAGGCGAGUGGAGAGCCUGUGGGGAUUACAGGCGACUCAACGCUUGCACGAAACCAGAUAAGUAUCCCGUACCACACUUACAUGAUUUUUCACACAAACUUCGUGAUUGCUCCAUGUUCACAACGCUCGACCUCGAACGGGCUUACCACCAAAUUCCGGUGGCGGAGGAGGACCGACCGAAAACAGCGGUUAUCACACCCUUCGGCCUUUUCGAAUUCAACGUCAUGACGUUUGGACUAUGCAACGCUGCGCAAA